AUUCUAUAGAACAGAAUAACAUCGCCGGUUGAGCUUCCCGAACUGCACAGCUGAAAAGCACUCGAUUCGGAUAAGUUUCGUAGAAUGUGGCUCACGGCGCGCAAACGUCUCCUAGAUGUCUCCGCAAAACAGCUGAGAGUGGCGCAUGAUGCAUCUAGGCUCCUGUCGCGGCCUCAGUCCGCCAGUUACGCCACCAGAUUCUCUUCGGAAAGCACACAAAAAGCACUCAAGGAUCACAACACCAAUUUCGGUUAUGAGAAAGUGAGCGAGGACCAAAAGCAACAAAUGGUCAAAGGAGUCUUCAAUUCGGUUGCGUCGAAUUAUGAUCUGAUGAACGAUGUGUCUUCGCUCGGCAUCCAUCGUUGUUGGAAAGAUCACCUGGUCGAGAAGAUUCGUCCGGUGCCCGGUAUGAGGCUUCUCGAUGUUGCCGGCGGUACAGGAGACAUAGCCUUACGUUUCAUCAAACAAGCCAAAAUCAAUGGACUACGAUUGGGGAUUCGGAGCGAGAAGCCAACUGAGGCAGUCGUCUGUGAUAUAAACUCGGCUAUGCUGGCAGCCGGGAAAAGUCGCCCUGGUAUUCCCAGAGGAGUAUCGUGGCUUGAGGGUAACGCGGAGGAGCUGCCCCUCGAAGCCGCGUCGUUCGACGUGGUGACGAUAGGGUUCGGCAUUCGAAACGUGACCCAUAUCGAUCGCGCGCUGGCGGAAGCUCUGCGGGUUCUGAAGCCCGGAGGCCGUUUCUACUGCUUAGAAUUCUCUCAGGUCGAGAAUCCGCUUUUCUCAAAAGUUUACGACCUGUAUUCGUUCCAAGUCAUCCCUGUCAUGGGUCAGAUUUUCGCCGGCGAUUGGAAAUCGUAUCAAUACCUUGUCGAGUCAAUCCGGAAGUUCCCCAGUCAGGAUGUAUUCUCCGAGAUGAUCCGGAGCGCUGGAUUCAAAUGUGUCUCCCACGAAAACCUUUUCAAUGGCGUCGCCGCGAUACACGUUGGUUUUAAGAUAUAGUAGGCUCUUCGCUGUUUGAAAUCGAAGCGCUUCCAUAGGCUGUAAUAUAUGUUCAGAAGAAUAGAACUCU